UAGUUUUAAAUGGCCUUAUUUUUUUUCGAAGUAUUCUCCACGAAGCACUUAUUCUACUCGAUUGCUGGCAGAUCCAAAACGCGAUCUUUGAAUGCUUUUUCUAGUGACUGGAACCUUUGAACACGCAGUCUGUUUUUAAUUUUCGGGAAAGUAAAGAAAUCGUUAGGACUUAGAUCGGGUCUAUAUGGAGGAUGGUCCAAUAAUUCCACGUUUU